AUGGCGGCCCUGAUCCGAAAUUCGAAAUCUUCUGCGGUGUCGUCUCUUUCAUCAAUCUCUCUCCUCAGGAGAUGCUUCUCUUCAGCUGUUUCAUCUGAACUCAGCUCUCCGCCUACCACUACUACCCCUUUGCCUUUCGCUCUUAACCACAAUCUUCCCCGCAAAGAUCCCAAGGAUCGGAACGUUCAAUGGGUCUUUCUUGGAUGCCCUGGCGUCGGCAAGGGCACCUAUGCUAGUCGUCUCUGUAACCUUCUCGGUAUCCCUCAUAUCGCUACCGGCGAUCUCGUCCGCGAAGAGCUCGCUUCCUCCACUCCACUUUCUCGCCAGCUAUCGGAGAUUGUUAAUCAGGGUAAAUUGGUAUCGGAUGAGAUCAUUAUCAACUUGUUGUCCAAGAGACUUCAAGCUGGUGAACCGAAAGGUGAAUCUGGAUUUAUCCUGGAUGGUUUCCCUCGGACAAUUAGACAAGCAGAAAUUUUGGAAGAGGUGAUUGAUAUAGACUUGGUGGUUAAUCUAAAGCUCCGAGAAGACGUGUUACUUGAGAAAUGCCUUGGGAGGAGAAUCUGUGGUCAGUGUGGAAAAAACUUCAAUCUUGCCUCCAUUAAUGUAAAGGGUGAAAAUGGAAAUCCUGGAAUGAGCAUGGCUCCACUGCUUCCCCCUACACAAUGCAUGACAAAACUAAUUACUCGGGCAGAUGAUACGGAAGCAGUUGUGAAAGAACGUCUUCGAGUUUAUAAUGAAAAGAGUCAACCUGUUGAGGAGUUCUACCGCAGUCGAGGGAAAUUGUUGGAAUUCGACUUACCAGGUGGCAUCCCAGAGUCUUGGCCAAAGCUACUGCAAGUUCUUAACCUUGAUGAUUUUGAGGAGAAACUAUCUGCAGCAGCCUAAACUACCGCGCUGCAAAUGAUUGAUUUAUGGAAUCUAUUUUUGUAAAUGCUUCUUUCUGUUUACAGGUAAUAGCUUAAACCAUCUUUUGAUCUAUUGGUGGGUCUUUUUGUAACCCUUGUUCCCUGGUUCUUUCCCUUUUUUCUGUAAAUUUCUUAUCAUCAUUGAAAUCUCUUUUUAUCAGUUUCUUAAAAAGAGUUCUAGCAACCAUAUCUAGAGGUCGGAGGUCCAAUCCCCCACUCCGUAAUUGUUGUACUAAAAAAAGAGUUCUAGCAACUUAGGCCCGUUUCGAUUGACUUUCUAAGGAUUUAUAAACACUUCUUUUUUUGCACUUAUAAACACUUAUUUAAACACUUAGAAAAUCAAUCCAAACACGUCUUUAGUCUUCUCACGUUUUCAGAAGUUUAUCUUUAUAUGGGAGAAUUCAGGUCUAGCAUAUACGUAGGGAUAUGAUUUUCUUGUAUGUUUCUAUAAUGGACUGGCUGGAGGAACUAUUUACAACUUAGUUCGCCCAAAAUCUGUUUCAUCUUCCCUUCCAUCUCUCUCACAAGGGGUUGAUUUCUUGUAAACCAUUAAUACAGGUAGGUUCUCUUUGGUUCGGCUAUCAAACCGAAAUCCUAAACCCUAAAUAUUUGGUUUGGUUUUCAAUUGUAUAUAUACAUAUAAUUGAAUCGAAAUUUUGAUUCGAUUCAGUUCAGUUUGGUCAGUUUAAGAACCCUUUCCCCUCCAUAGCAUAUUGGGGUUUGCUAGGGUGAUUUAGAUGCAGGGUGGACCGGGUUGGUUGGGUUGGGACACCAGGGAGGGGGCUGGAUUCUAUGUUGAUGUGAAAAAAUCAUGUUAAAAAUUACUAAUUGACGAUCAUGAUGAACUGGAAAUGGUAAUCUAGCUAGGCUAUAGUAGAUUAAUUGCAGCUGGCCGAGCUGGUUGGCUCUAGUAUUUGCCAAACAGUAAGUUUACACAGCUGCAGACAUUCAAGACAGGGCACAAUACCAGCUCUUGACCACAAUAGUUUGGUGGUACAAGAUAGUCUGUGCUCCACAUUUGUAAGCUCAACACUCUGCAUAUCAAACACAACAAUGGAGAUUCAAAUUUAUUCAUUACAAUUUUAAUUCAUAUCAUGCAGUGUACCUGUGCUGUAAAUAUUAGCUUGUGUUCUGUGAUUGGUGUUAUAUCAAACUGCAUCAGUCUAAAUCUUUAAUUAUCCUAAAUGAUAUAAUUUAGGUUGUCUCGCAA